AUGGUUGGUUUCGUAGAUGAUUUGCUCUACAGUGAUGCCGCGAAGAGCCCUGGAUACCGACUGGGUAGCAUCGACAGCCAAACGAGGAAGAAGGACUUUCCAGAACUUGAUCAAAAACGGCUUAUUAUCAUUCAAGUCAAAGAUGGGGUCGAUGUAACGCACAAUUGGGGCACCAUACGAGUAGAUACAGGUAUAGUUGGCGUAGUUUCUGAUGGUAUCUUCCUUGACACUGACACAGAAGUUUGUGCGCAAGCCGGUUUCAAAGCUGUAAUUUUGCGACAAUUGAGGAAAAUGAAUACGGACCAUGUUGUGGAUCACAGGAAUGGAAGAUCCACCAAAGUACAGGAGACUAGGAAACCGCAAAGUGUUGCUUCCGGGUCGCAAUUGAAGGGUUUUGAUUUCCUGUGCUGCUGUUUGAAGAGAAAGAAUGAUGGGACAUGCCGACGAAGAGUUGUAAACGGACAUGAAAAAGUUCUCCACCACCACCGAUGGUUCAACAACUUCAUCGGACAGUUCUUUAUGGGAGAUUUUCAGAGCCAAUUUGGGUACCAGACGAAGCCCCAAAGAUUUGUCCAUAUUGAUUUUCGUGAACAAUUCCUCAAAACGCUUGGCAUGGAGUUGUCUUUCUUCUUCGUUUUCAAACUGCGGACCGUCGUUAAUAAGAGCAAUAAUAUGUGGUUUCUGACCCAAAUUCUUGAUGACCUGAAUGUGACUGGAGACCUGCUUCCGAGUGCGCAAACGGCCGGUUUUCGUGUAUAUGUAGUCGGAGAUGAGCUCGUUACGUCCGCAUGCUCGGCCGCUGAUUUUGAUCUUGCUGAGGCCAUUUUUGGGAAUAAUUGCAAGGACAUCUUCGAACGCUUUUUCGAGGUCCUCGGGCCAAAUCGAGUCGGAAUCUACUGGAGACUCUUCUAA